AUGAAGCAAGUGAAAUUCAUAUGUGAAAGCAACUUACAAAGACCUAAUCCUAAUGAAAGUGAUGAAGAAUGUUCCCAAAUACCAAUCACCAAUAAAUCAAUUCCUUCCGUUUCUAAUCCUAAUGCAACUCCACAAACACCAAUCACCAAUCAUUCAAUCCCUUCUGUUUCUAAUCCAACUCCACAAACACCAUGUUCUAACCAACCUAUUGACUUGAAAGAUCUUCCAAAGGACCCGGCGGAUAGGCCAUUGAUUACAAGUUACAAUUCAAAUAUAAGAGAUGAUGUAAGAAGAGCAUAUUUGCUUCAAGGACCGUGUCAAGUAAGGGCACAUAAGUUUCCUAAAAAAAUAGGUGAUAGAUUUAGAAGAUUCGUUCCUUCAUGGUUUAAUGACUUUGAUUGGUUGGAAUAUAGUGUGAAAAACAAUUGUGCAUAUUGUUUAUAUUGUUAUUUGUGUGGGGACCUCAUGGGACAAAAAGGAGGGAGAGAUGCAUUUGUUUCCCAAGGUUUUGAUACUUGGAAUAAAAAAGAUGUAUUUCGGACUCAUGUGGGUGGUGUUGAUAGUUUUCACAACAAAGCAAGAGAAAAGUGUGAGCUUUUAAUGAGGGAAAAACAAGCAAUUAAUGUAGUCUUGAGGAAGCAAACCGAAGCGGAUGACAAUAAAUAUAAAGCUCGAUUACGUGUUUCUAUUAUUGUUGUUAGACUUUUAUUAAAAACCGGUUUACCGUUUCGUGGUCAUGACGAGUCGGUUAACUCGGAAAAUAGAGGGCUUUACAUUGAAGUGUUAAAAGCCAUUCGAGAGACUAGUGAAGAGAUUUUCAACAAUACUUUAGAAAAUGCUCCUAAAAACAAUCAACUAAUUUCCCCUAAAAUUCAAAAAGAACUUGUGCAAUGUUUUGCACAAGAAGUACUUUUGAGUAUUCGUGAAGAGAUUGGUCAAGAUGUUUUUGCUUUACUAGUUGAUGAAUCUAGUGAUGUUUCAAAAAAGGAACAAAUGGCUAUUGUUUUGCGUUAUGUCGAUAGUCUUGGCUUUGUGAAAGAAAGAUUCAUAGGAAUAGUGCACGUGAAGGAUACAUCUUCUUUGACCCUCAAAAACGCCAUAAAUGAAGUACUUACAAGUAAUAAGUUGAGUUUUAGUCAGAUAAGAGGACAAGGUUACGAUGGGGCUAGCAAUAUGCGAGGGGAAUUCAAUGGUUUGAAAGCUUUGAUAUUACAAGAGAAUGACACGGCUUUUUAUGUACAUUGCUUUGCACACCAACUUCAACUAGUAGUUGUGGCUGUAGCAAAGAAGCAUGAUGGUGUUAGUAACUUUUUUUUGAGUAAAUUUCGUUGGUGGUUAAUGUUGUUUGUGCCUCGUGUAAAAGAAAAGACUUACUAUGAGAACAAGCAAGAGAAAGGGUGCAAAAAGGCUUGUGUAGUGGUGAUCUUGAAACAGGAAGAGGAUGUUCUUGUAGUUUUAGAUUUUGUGAAAGAGGAGGGAGGGUCAUUGGCAAACCGUCAACAAGCAUCUGGAAUCUUAGCAUAUUUUAAAUCAUAUGAGUUCGUGUUUUACUUACAUAUGAUGUAUGACAUUUUACACCUCACGGGUACAUUGUCAAAGCAACUUCAAAGAAAAGAUCUAGACAUUUUGGAAGCGACUUCGAUGGUUAGAGGGACAAUGGAGGCAUUGCAGUCUUUUAGAAACAUAGGGUUUGCUAGCAUUUUGCCAAAAGUAUCCUCUUUUUGUCAAACACACGAAAUUGAAACUUUAGAUAUGGAAGAGUUGUAUAUUGGUGCGAGAAACCGUAGGACUACAAAGACUAAUAGAUUUCAUUUUGAGGUUGAAAUCUUCAACACAGUGGUAGAUAUGCAACUUACAGAAUAUCGGGAUCGAUUUAGUGAAACAAGCACCCAAUUACUAGAAUACAUGGGUGCUUUGAGCCCUUGUGAUUCAUUUGCACAAUUUGACAAAUCAAAGCUAUUGAAGUUGGGUAAGUUAUACAAGUAUGACUUUGAUGAUUCAGAUAUGAUAGACCUCGAAGGGCAACUUGAGAUAUUUUAUCACUCUUGCAUCAAAGAUGAGCGUUUCACUAGUUUGAAAGGAAUUUCCGACCUUUCUCGUUUGAUGGUUAGUACAGGGAAGCAUCGGUCUUAUCCUUUGGUUUAUAAGCUUUUAAAGUUGGCUUUAAUAUUACCCGUAGCGACCGCAAGUGUAGAAAGAUGUUUUUCAAAGUUGAAGCUCCUGAAGACAGACUUGCGUAACAAAAUUGGCGAUGAAUUUUUGAACGACUCAUUGCUUUGUAAUGUCGAGACGGAAGCACUUAUGAAAGUUGAGGAUGAAAAAGUAAUGGAGCGGUUUCAAAAGAUGUCUGCACGAAGAGGACAAAUUUAA